AUUUGCUUUUCCCAAAAAUUGUUCAAGUUACCUUAGUCUUCACACACCAUUGUUCUGGGAUUGCAUUUAUAGUCCCUCGUGUCAGUCUGAAGUCCUGCAGUUCCUGUUUUGCUCAGGUACCAUUCUACAGCUUGUUUGAAUAGCGUUCACAAUGUACGCUGUAUUCACUAAUCUGGUUUUAUGUGACUGCUAUGAUUGUUAAAUCUGGUUUCUCAUCUUUUAUUUAGUUUAAGAAUUAAAAUGUAAUUCAUGUUGGGGGGGAAUGGAUUUGAAGUAAAGUGACACUUUUGACAUUUCAAAAUGAAUAAACCUUGAAGUUAUUGGGACCCCAGGGUACUGGGCUGUACUGCUGGGUGAUCAAUUCACCCCGAAGCCAAGAGCUUACAGAACCGGCUUUAUAUAUAAUGUAUUUUGUGAUUGUUUUGGAGUUAUGCAUGGGUUAUCUUUCUGCCUUCAUGUCCGUCUGUCUAUUCGAGUUCUUCAGACAACUGGCUGUUUGAGCCACCCUUGCUAAGUGGAAUGUCUCUGCCACACUCUCACGCACACACACACACACGCACGCGCACACUCACACACACACACACUGUCCAGCCAUCCCUCCCGCUCUGCUGUUAAUGAUUAACAGCCGGUCCUGCAGUAGCCGCUCACGGUUCUUCUACUGUAUUUAAAGCAGCGGCUGCCUGUUUACCGAGCAGUAAUGAGAACAAUAACCAUAAAACAGUGAAAAGGAGCCCGGAGCAGGGUGGAGGGAUGCAGAGCCAGGGGCAGAGAUGAGCAGCCAGGAGCACUGGAUGCUCCCUCUUCAGAGAGCGUUCUACCCCAUCCUCGCCAUCAUCGGGAUCCCCUCUAACAUAGUGACCUUCCUGAUCUUCUGGAGGCGGAACUGCAUGCUGUCCAAGUCCAGCACCUACUAUCUGAUGGCUAUCUCGGUGGCGGACACCCUGGUCCUCAUUCUCAUCGUCGUCAUGGAGCUAGUGCUGAAGUUCAACGUUGAGGAGCCCUUCUGGAGCAAGGACCCCUGGUGCAGCCUGAGGGACAUCUUCAACUACGGAGCCUACAACGCCUCCAUCUGGCUGGUGGUCACCUUCACAGCGGAGCGCUUCAUCGCCAUCAACAACUUCAGCCUGAAAGCCAGGUUCUGCACCCCGAGAUGUGCCAUCAUCACCAUCACCCUGGUGUACAUCUGCAGCCACCUGUGUGCCGUCCCCUACUUCUGGUCCAACAAAUCCUACUUCAACGAGAGCACUCACCCCGGGACUCAUGCCUGCAUCUAUGAUCCACUCAUGCCUGGUUUCUACGUGCGCGGGCUGGUGUGGUUCCAGACCGUCUUGGUUUACAUCAUCCCCUUCGUGGUGAUCUUCACCCUGAACGGCUUGACUCUGCGGCAGAUCGUUCUCAGCAACAGGGUCCACGGUGUGGCCGGGGUGUUCCGCCAGUCUGCCAGCCACUUCCAGAGCCAGAAGAGGAAGUCGGUGGUUCUUCUCAUCACCGUUUCCAUGACCUUCGCCUUGCUGUCCAUCACCAGGUUUGUCACCCAGAUCAUCCUCCGCAGCGCGCACUACAACAUCGACCGCACCGAUUACACCAUCCCCAUUAAUGUGGCGGCUGACAUCGGGACCAUGCUGGAUCUCACCAACGCUUCCUUCAACAUGUACCUCUACGCUUGCACGCAGUCCAAGUUCCGCAAGGAGCUGGUGGACUGUGUCAAGAAGGCCCUCUACCCCUGCAGGAGCUGCAAGCCCCUACGUUCGGACUACCCUUCCAUCAUCUUCUACCUGUAGUCUGGCUGCUGCAGCGCUCUGCAGUCUUUGCUCGAAGCAGCUGGUUUCUUUCUUUCUGUCUGUAGUGUGUGGUAGGGCCUCCAUGAAAGCAUGCUAACUUGAGAACUUGAAUUCACCUGAAGGCGACCUGCGGUUAGUUUGAAAUGUUCUGGUGUGAGACCAAUUGUAGCAGAAUGGCAAUGUUUUUAGUUAGCUUUCCAGUGGCUUCUAAAUGGGAUCUUUAUAAACGAACGAAGUACGAAAGGGAAGCUGAAUCAAGUUGUGAAGUAUAAGAUGAUCUGAUUUGCUAUCCUAACAUCUUUUUAAACAGUUGUAAUUCAAUUAUAAAAACAAUGAUUAUCCAACCCCCCCCCCCAAUCCCAAUUAGUUCAGACAGCAGAGGGUUUACUGUCCUCAAUAACAAAGUCAAUUUGUAACUGGAUGUAAUAAAGUGUUUAGCACAAUGUCACACGAAAUAAACCCUUAUUCGUUUACAUUACGAUCUCAUUUGUACACAAACCCUGCUGUUUCUCUUCUCCUAGAGGUGCUGUGCAAAUACCCUGAAACGGUAAGCAGAUGACCAGUGUUUGCUCUCCAAUUACAGUUUUAGUAUUAAUUUCCCCGGAGGUCUCCAUUGCCUGACGGGCUGCAAGGCAAAUAAAGGUUGCUAACUGCAAGAGAUGGAUCAAGUGAAGAUGCGCCCUCGAGCCCCACCCAUUGCUCUAAACAUGCUCUGUCUACACAGAGUAAUGGGUGCAUUGCUAAUCAAAUAUCCUCGCCCACAGUUUAUGACGUUGAGCAUUUUUUUUUAAUAAUGAAUAACACAUGUGAAUAUAUAAUUCAUACUGAGACCAGAUCUCAGCUGUUUGGUACAGCAUUGUGAAACGCUUAUAUAAAGGUUUAAUUUAGAGAGCAUUCCCCUCUAAUUUCAGGAUAUGUAUAUUUAUUUUACAGUGCUAUCUAGAUUCUUGGUACCUAAUUGCAUGCUGCUCUGUAGGUCACAUGGUCUCGUUUAUGUUAGACGAGGAGAAAGAAGCACACGUGUACUUGUGGUUGCAAUCGAGUCCCAUAUAAUGACGUUUUCGAACUAAUUUUUUGCUUUUUUGUGUUUGAUACAAUAAAGUGAUUGAGGAUGUAUUGCU